CUCCUCCUCCUUCCCCCCUUCCCCUCGCUCCCUUCUUCCUUUAUUUCUCUCUCUGUAAACCCUGACCGACUUCACCAACUCACCAUUAAACUCCUCUUUCACUCACUCUCACACUCAAUGGGAUCAGAACCUGAUUACGAUCACCAAAUCUAUUCUCCGUCCAAGCUUUCCAUGUUAAUCUCUCGCCCCAUCAAACCGCCGGAGGCCGCGCCUCUUCCUUCGCCGCCCACCGCCGUGUCGAUUCCCUUCCGGUGGGAGGAAGCUCCAGGGAAGCCUAGGCCCUGCCACACCCGAUCGGAGCCCGAUAGUUGUGGGAGAAGAGCCCUGGAGCUGCCUCCCAGGCUGGUAUUUCCGGAGUCCAAGGCCUCCAACGUCCACUCGCCGACGACAGUGUUGGAUGGGCCAUACGUGGGCCGGGCCGUGUCCUUCACGACGUCGUAUAGGAGUCCCCGUAUGGUGGGGAAGGACCAGUGGAAUGGCAAUUUUGGGUCUAGCAGGUGGAGCAGCUCCGGGAAGAACAGGAGGCAGGAGUACGGGGCUAGUAUUGAUUUUUCAAAUGGUUUAACCUUUUGGGACGACGGUGGCUUUGAGUCUAAUACCACUGUGAAGGCUAAGAUCGCUAAGAUCGGAAGAAGAGGAAGCUUGUUCAAUCUAUCUCAGUCAAGAUCACAUUUGUGGGCAAGCAUUUAUGAGAGCUUGAAGCAAGUGGUCCCAUGGAAACGCAAGCAAGAAAAGCAGAGAAAAUGGGAUCUCAGAAGAAAUUGAUGUAAUCUGAUUUGAUUUUACUGGUCCCUUAAUUAAAGUUAUCCCCUAAACCCACCCUUUAUUUGUACAGCAGGAACAGCAGGAGUAUGCAAAGAUGAGCUCCUCUUAUCUUAAUGCAAUUCUACGUAUAAAGUGAACUACUUUAUCAUAUGUUAUUUAUGUCACAAGUGUAAUACCAAUAAUAGGGUACUGUUUAUUAUUAUUAUUAUUUGAUCAACUAAUGAAUGAUAAGGUUGUUUUAAUUUUAA